GUGUUAUUAUCAUGAACCACCGAACAAGAAUGGACUGGAUGUUCCUGUGGAAUUGUCUGAUAAGAUACAGCUACCUCAGAUUGGAGAAAAUUUGCCUCAAAGCCAGUCUCAAAAGUGUUCCUGGAUUUGGAUAAUAAUCUCAGGGUAAUCAGGUUUCAUUAUUGGCUUCCCUUAGAAUAGCAAUCCCAGAAAACGAGUAGAAAACUGCGAGUCUCUUUAUGACCUGACCUCAGAACUCACAUAGUGUCACACUGAUCCUCAGUGAGUGUGGAGAGGGAGUGUAGCCAUCACAUUUUAACGGAAAAUGUGUAUCAAGAAUCUCAGUAUUUUAAAAACUGUCAUGUUUCUGAAAAGACUGAUCAAGAAAGAAAAGAGAAGGCACAUAUUGCCAGCAGCAAAAUGAUGAUGUCUUAUUUACUACUCCUAAUUCUACGUGAGAUAUAGUAGCAGGAUAUUAAGACUAGCAUCAUGCCAGUGUGUAUGAAAUCAGCAAGUCAGACAGAAAAUACAACUGACAGAAUCUGACAGCACUGACUUAAAAUGAAGAAGAAAAUGAAAAAGUCACAGUCGUGUGUCCAAUAAAAAGAGAUUAACUCCAUAAAAAGCCUUCUUACAAAAAGUUUUUGGUAAUUCAUGUCAGUUACUUGAUUUUCUUCACUCUUUCAAAACCAGUUAUCAAGUCAACAAGCAGGAGAAGUAAACCAAAUACCACCCAUCUCUUCAGCAUAGCUGGGAGACAGAGAAAAUUACCGUAACUUCCCAAUUAUUAUAAAUAGAGAAAUUCUCCAGGAUUUCCUUCUGUCCUCCCACCUUUGCCUUCUCACUGUGGGUACUAAGAGUGGAGAGAGAAGGCUUCAGAGUAGAGAGGCGUGAGCUACUCAGAAAUAUAAGCAAACCAUCCCUAGAAAGAGAAAGUCUAAUACUUAAUACCAAAAUGCCUGAGCACAAGUCAGGCAAAGUAGUUCACAGCAGCUCAAGGUAAAGGAAAAUGAUUUGAGAGAGAGUAGGGCCAGAGGCAGCCUCCAGGAAGCAGGAGAAUCGGAUCUGUUGAAGAAGAGGCAACUCCCCUUAGAAGUGGGCAGUGGAGGAAACAAGGAAUGAAGGAAAUUAAGACUCCUGCAAGAUAAAAGAGAACCAAGAAGCAACUUCCUUCCCCUUCACCCCUCCACCCAAAAAGGUUGGGCCAUGCAGGCUGCUGCCUACAUCUUUAUUCAUAGGAAGUGGAAGGAUGACAAGAGCCAUUUUGAAGACAUGAUUGAUUAUUUUUGUGAUAUCCAUGAACCACUUCAGCUCCUCAUAUUCCCAGAAGGGACUGAUCUCACAGAAAACAGCAAGGCUCGAAGUAAUGAUUUUGCUGAAAAGAAUGGACUUCAGAAAUAUGAAUAUGUUUUACAUCCCAGAACUACAGGCUUUACUUUUGUGGUAGAACGUCUAAGAGAAGGUAAGAACCUUGAUGCUGUCCAUGACAUCACUGUGGCUUAUCCCCACAAUAUUCCUCAAACAGAGAAGCACCUCCUCCAUGGCAACUUCCCCAAGGAAAUCCACUUCCACGUCCACCGACAUCCAGUAGACACCCUCCCCAAGUCCAGGGAGGAGCUGCAGCUCUGGUGCCACAAGCGGUGGGAGGAAAAGGAAGAGCGACUGCAUUCCUUCUACCAGGGAGAGAAGAAUUUCUAUUUUACUGGACAGAGUGUAAUUCCGCCUUGCAAGUCUGAGCUUAGGGUCCUUGUGGUCAAGUUGCUCUCUAUACUGUACUGGACCCUGUUCAGCCCUGCAAUGUGUCUGCUCAUAUAUUUGUACAGCCCUGUUAGGUGGUAUUUUAUAGUCACCAUUAUAAUCUUCGUGCUGCAAGAGAGAAUAUUUGGUGGACUAGAAAUCAUUGAACUUGCAUGCUACCGUCUUUUACACAAGCAGCCACAUUUAAACUUAAAGAAAAAUGAUUAAGAUGGUUAGACUUACCUUUUAAAACUAAAGGGAUAUUUUGGAAAUGUUCUAAGCCUUUGUAAACUGAGAUGCAUUUUUGCAUGAUUGUCAGAUAUUUCUUACUAUCAUCAUUAUUUGUUAAAGAUAUUUUGCACUUAAUUUUGUGGGGAAAAUAUUGCUACAAUUUUUUUUAAUCUCUGAAUGUAAUUUCGAUGCUGCGUAUGUAGCAGGAAUCGAUCGCUGUGAAAUAACUUGGGCCAUAUUAUUAUUAAACAAUCAUCAGGCUGUUAAUAGACAAGGUAUGCACAAGUUCUCCUGAAGGCCCAAUCCUCUAACCUGACACACUCGCCAGAUCAGAUGCAGGUCUGGAAUUCAUGAGCACUGGCCCAACAAGCACUGGUACUUGACUGCCUAACUCACCCCCAGAUGUGAGCACCCUUCCUCCACACAGCCACGCACAUGGUGCCCAGGCUCCCUCCAUGGGCCCCGCCUGUAUCCUUUCUAUGCCAAUCAAACCAUCCCAUCCUCCCUUAAGAUCAGCCUCCCUUAUCCCCAAACUGAUCUACAUAGGAAGCUCCUCAUUCUUCAUAGUAUCUUGUGCUGACCAAGCUGUCAAAAGACCACCUGUGUGCUUUCCUCACAUGGGAAAAUCACACCUGCACAUGACUCAGGGAGCAACCACAGACUCUCCACUCGGAAACCUUAGUUUGGAUUUCAAAAGAUAGGAAUUACUUCUAGUUCUUCAUUUAUCCUCAAUCUUGCAUGCUUAGUGCUGGUUCCUUACAACUUGGCAGAUGUUGCUUUUUCUGUUAAAAAUGGCAGGCAUGUAGCCACAUGCUGUCUUAGAGGCAUGCUGAGAAGAACAUCCUGUUAUUGCAGACAGAAACUGUCUUGUGAAAUAUUUCUUUAAAAUCUACCAAAAAAGGAAGGUUAUUGUUUUCUACAUGUGCAUGGGUAUCUAGCUUCUGCCAUUAAAACAACCACAAAAAUGCAGACAUGGCAGUAAUGGUUUAUCCUAAAUUAUUCAAGCCUUGUCACUUUGAUAAAUUUCACACGAGGAUAACACAAAAUGAAUCCUCUUCAAUGAUAGCAGGGAAUCUCUCUUUUUAGUCCCAGGCUUUCUCUUUCAAUAGGAAUAUUUAAAACCACUUGGAUCAACUGUUUGCCUAAAUAUUUCUGUCACUUGGAGUCAGUGGAAAAUCCAGUGAACCAGAAGCACCAUCUCCUUCUGAGGCAAAAGGAGCAUGUCAUUGUUUCCAACCCACUAGAGCUGUGCCCUCCCUUGUUUGCCAUGUAAUAGGGACAGUGGUCAGAACUGCAAAAGUAUGAGCCUAUUAAAGGUCUUCAGCUGCUGGCUGGUCUGUGAGCUCUACUGCUGCAGUGAGCUAGUUCCAGAGCUACUUACUGCUUUAUGUUCUCUUGGGGCAUGAAUGCCUUCUCUUUGGUGACAUCUCAUUUUUGCUUGACAGUGACUUUUACCCAGUAGUUCAAUCGUGCAUUGCCAUGAAAGGUAAGUACAUCUUGAGCUGAACUUACUGAACAAAUUCUAUGAGAAAGCACUGGUUGGGGCAGAACACUGUGGACACAUUGUUUUUAUUGAGAGAGUACUAACUAGUGUCCUAUUGAAACCACCAACCGGCACUUAACUGUUUCUUCAAAGCCGCUGUUGAGCCAGGCUCACCUGAAAUCUCAUCUACUCCAGAGGCCGAGGCAGGAGGAUGCCACGUUCAAGGCCAGCCUGGGCAACUUUGCAAGGCCCUGUCUCAAAAUAAAAAGGGCUGGGGGUGUGGCACAAUGGUAGCUGCGCCCCAGGGUUCAGUCCCCAGCAUGGCAGGGUCUGCUCUUGCUCCUAUGGGGAGCUUACUAAUUACUCAGGCACAUCUUCCAGCCCAGCUAUUCACUUUUGUGCAGUUUAAGGAUUUUUUGAAACAAAAACCAGCUUGUUCCUUCCCUCAAUGAAAGAGGUUUCUAACUGAAGUCUCUCCAAGACUUCUUUGGGUCGUAUUUAAACACAGAAAUAGUGUAACGAUCAGGAUUGCAUUUGUCCUGGUAAAAAAGAUCAGCCAUGUUUGCACCCCAGGGUUGACAGCCUGUCUUCCCUACACACUUCUCACAUUGCGACUACCUUGGAACUGCGAGUCCUCUGACUCUGAAACCUUUAAAGGGGAACAUCUUUUUUCUCUUUUUAUCAUAGAAAAUGUGUUCAAGAGAAAAUUCAAAUUUUGUUUUACUCAAAUUUUAUUUAUACUCAAAAUUCAUAAUUACAAAGCACUAAAAUUGGUAAACAGACACUGUACUUGCUUUAAGAAUUAGAAAUAACUCCCAAAAAGCAAGUCUAUGAUUUUGUGGAAGGAAGUCUUUUUUAAUCGUAAUUAUUCGUGUUGAUCUACACAUUUAACUGUGUUUAAAGCCUGUUUCUUUUUAAUUUAAAAAAUUAGAGAACUAUAGUUAAUGAUUUGGCGCUUAGAACUAUUUAAAGUCGAUACUGAAACAUCACAUGCUUUAGAGCAGCUCCAGUAAUCGUGACAGUCCUGUUUGCCCUGCCAUGCUGCCCGCCAUCCCCAUGGGCUCAGGGCAGCACCAAGUCUUGCCCAGCCAACCACGUUCUACUCACUGCUCCCUCAGUCCUUCGAAGGUGACUUUGAAAUGUUCACAGUGCUAUUUGUCCAGUUGCCAAAUUUACCAUUCUAAAGGUUCUAAGGAGAGCAAGGGUGGUUUAUGUACAGUAUGAGCCACUGUACUUAAAAUAUAAGCCUGACAAGAAGUCAUGUUGACUGGGUGACAAGUUCUUACAUCACACAUCUUUUAUGAAACAAGCCAAAGUAAUUCAAAAAUUCAGUUGGAUAAUAUAGUGAAAGACUUAAAAUGUUCAAAAGAGCCCAUCAUUUUAGACUCCAAGUAAUUCUUCCUAUGCCGUCAAAAUGCAUAUUAGAGGAAAAUAACAGCUUCCACGUAACGUCGCUUUGAAAUGAGUUACUACAGCAGCGCCAUGUCAAGACUGGGAUAUUGGUGGCCAAGACUGAGUUUUUGCAGACACGUUCUGUUUCCUCUGGAUUUCACGCUCUGGCCCAACAACACUCCUGUGCUCUCUUCCAGUAAGGACUAAUGGAGGAGCCUGUUGGUGUUAAAUUGUUUACAUUUCUUUAUAUAAAUAAUGUGCUUUCAGUGCCUUAGUUUGGGUCUCUUUCUUUUUCUUGUUCAAGAAUUCUGCAGUGCAUUUCUUGGGUAAAGUCUAUUGCUGCUGUUCAGUGGGAGAAAAAUGGUCUAUAAGCACUAGUCACUGGGUAACACCGCUCGGUCACAGGUGGGGAGGAGCACUCGGUGCCGAGGCAGUGGUGGCCCUACAGUGCUCACAGUACGCAUGCUGUAGAAGAUGAAAGUGGUUCUGUCACGCGGGGAACUUUGGUUGACAUGUGACCCUGCGGUUGUCUUGUACCUUCCUUAACAUUUUUAUUUCAAAAGAGAAUCUUGGUUUUGGUAAUUCGUUUUUUUUUAAAGAUCGUUAUGUGGAGAACACCAAGUUUUAAAAAUAACUCACAGAAUGGCCUUAGUUUUCAGCGUCUACUGGUGUGUUUUGUGAGUCGUGUUAUCUGUGAUACACAUCCAGAAUAAAGUAAAGUAAAUGAAAUAGGA